AAGUGUGCUGACAUUACACAGAACCAUCCACAGGUGACAUCAACUAUCCACUUACCCUACCAGCAGCGCAAAUAUUCCUGAUCCAAAUCCUGGCAGCAGCUCGACGAGCCCAGCGCUCAUCUGACCCAACUGGCCACGACAAAAGACCUGACAUUUGUAGCUUGGUGGGCAACCAAGUUACUAUCGGCACUAAAGAGCCUGACAAUGCUAUGAAAAGGAAGUAACAGGGCAUAGAUGAAUUCAAGGGCAUUUACAGCCACUGUCAUGCAAACACUGUUUUCAACUACCCAAUAACACCUGCUCUCUUUUUCCAUCCUUUUCACUUUGCUGCUCCAUGGAGCUCCACUCAUGUUGACUUAGCCCCUAGUUUUAGCAACCAGGAGUCAAUAAUGACUGGGGCAGCGUAACCUCCUGGGGCCCCAUCAUGUACCCAUCAGGAGAGAACCGCUUUCUCCAGCUCUCAUCAGUGAUAAAGGUUUGGGUCACUUCAGUCACAUUUUGCCUCCCCUCCGGGCCGGGGGCCCCCGGCGGCCCCCAGAAGCUCCGUCACUGCCUCCAACCAUAAAGCUGAGCCUGCGUCACGCUGCUGAAUCAGAACCGCGUCACUAUAGAGGAACGUCAAUUACGGCCGUCGCCUCCAGAUCAGGACUCGCUGAACGGAACGACAAGUUCGAACAAGACGCGGAGACAGCCGCUGGUGAUGAUGAUGAUGAUGAUGAUGAUGAUGAUAAUGAUGAUGAUGAUGAUGACAGCUGGGAUGACUCCGCUCCCGCUCAGCAGGUCCUGAUCUCUGCCGAGUUGAUUUCGUAAGUGUCUUGUUGCUCCACCUCCAGCGCCUUGAGCCGAACCAGGCGCGUCGCAGCGAGGAAGCGGCAGACGAGGCGAGACCAGAGGAGCGGAGAGAUGGCCGAGAAUAAAGUGGGUCCGAACCUCCAGGCUGGAGCUGGAUUCCUCGCCAAGCGGGUCCAGAAGUCCUUGAACAGAGCACAGGAGAAGGUUCUUCAGAAACUGGGCAAAACCAUGGAGACCAAAGAUGAACAGUUUGAGCUCUGCUUCCAGAACCUCAACAAGCAGCAGAUCGACGGAACCAGGUUGUUUAAAGACGUGAAGGCGUACUAUGCGGCGGUGAAAACUGUGCAUGAAACAUCCAAGAGGCUGUCCCUGACCCUGAGAGACGUGUAUGAGUCAGACUGGGACGGCAUGGACGACCUUGCUGUCAUUACAGAGAGUGAGGACUUGCUAUGGAACGACUUUGAGGAGAAAAUAAGUGACCAGCUCGUCCGCACCAUGGAGAACUACACCAGUCAGUUCCCUGAGGUCAAGGACCGGGUUGCAAAGCGUGGACGCAAACUAGUGGACUACGAUUCAGCUCGUCACCACCUGGAAGCUCUGCAGAGCGCCAAGAAAAAGGACGAAGCCAAAAUCACCAAGGCAGAGGAGGAGUUCAACAAAGCCCAGAAUGUCUUUGAGGAGAUAAAUAACGAGUUGCGGGAGGAGCUGCCUGUUCUCUACCAGAGUCGGAUCGGCUGCUAUGUCACCGUGUUCCAGAACAUCUCGAACCUGAGAGAUGUCUUCUAUAAAGAAAUGAGCGUACUAAACCGGGAACUUUACAAUGUGAUGAAGAAACUGGAGACUCAGCACUCGGGCAAAAAUUUCAUCAUCAAGGGUUUGAGUAGCUCAACCAGCAAGUCAAAGAAAAGAAAGUCCCUGGCCAUCUCCAACCCCAUCCCCUGCAACACGGCUUUCCCAGCUGACCACGUCUCCAUCCAUUCGUCCACCCAAAACGGCAAAGAGGCUGCUCCAACUUCCCCCGUCCAACAGACUCAGGGCAUUUCUGAAGACACCCCCCCAGAGGAGAGCGGCGCCCCAUCCGAAAGCAUCACUUCGUCAGACUCUGAUCUCAGCUCCAGCGGUGUGAACACACCCAAGAGGCAAUCUGUGUGCGACAAUGAGAACAGCAGCAAGAGCACGGGCAAUGAGAGUCCAGAGGACCUGGAGGCGGAGCUCGCCAUGAAUCAGUCAGAUGACUCUGGACUCGGGGUGCCAAAGUCUGAGGCAGCCAAUCAGGAACUGUCCAGCCCCUCUGAUAUGGCGGAUGGCAAUGAUGUGCAGAGUCUCGACCAGGGCGCUGGAGACACUCCAUCGUCAGAGGAGGCCAAACCCGAACCUCCUCCUGUUCCGGCCCCCCGCCAGUCCUUCCACUCCACAGACCAACAGCCUCUGCUACCUGCCAUAGGGGAGGACAAGACGGACAUGUUUGACAAUCCAGAGACAACAGAGGGGAGAGAUGACUUGAAUUCUCAGAAUCCACCUGGCUUUCUCUACAAGGCGGUGGCGACAGAGAGCAAUGAAUCGUCUGAAGAAGGCCAGCUGCAGUUUGAACAAGGAGACGUCAUCCUGGUGCUCGCUGACACCCAAGAGCUGGAUGGCCUGUUGAAGGGGAUCAGGGAGGAGAGCUGGAAGCAGCACCAGGAUCUGGACCACCACUCUGGGUUCUUCUCAGGAAACCUGGUCGGGCCGCUGCAGGCGGACUGAGGCUGCCGCCACUCUGACGUUUCUCCUUCCUCUGAGCUGAUACUGGGUCAUGAUGAUACUGACGAUGAUGAUGCAACCUGUGGAACAAACAGAACCAAGCUGAUGAACAUUACAUAAGUGUUGUUUGGAAAUGUUCCAGUAUUUUCACCUCUUUAUGUUUUUACAAGAUUUCUACGAGCCACUGUGAAACAAUUUUUUGAAGCUAUUUUUUAAUGUUUUACAAAAAAAAAUCAAUAAAGUUCUAAAUGAUGGGG